AUGGCUGAUCGUUACUCAUUCUCGCUGACCACUUUUUCCCCCAGCGGUAAGCUGGGUCAGAUUGACUAUGCCUUGACUGCGGUGAAGCAAGGUGUUACCUCCCUGGGUAUCAAGGCCACUAAUGGUGUUGUAAUUGCCACUGAGAAGAAGUCCAGCUCUCCAUUGGCGCUGACUGAGACGCUGUCGAAGGUGUCGCUGCUGACACCGGACAUUGGUGCUGUGUACUCCGGUAUUGGCCCGGACUACAGGGUGCUGGUGGACAAGUCUCGGAAAGUCGCACAUACGAAUUACAAGAGGAUAUACGGGGAGUACCCGCCUACAAAGCUUUUGGUCUCCGAGAUUGCCAAAAUCAUGCAGGAGGCUACACAGUCCGGUGGUGUGAGGCCCUUCGGCGUGUCUUUGCUUGUGGCGGGCUACGACGAACAUAACGGGUACAGUUUAUACCAGGUGGAUCCAUCUGGUUCCUACUUUCCAUGGAAGGCUACUUCCAUCGGUAAAGGCUCCACUGCGGCAAAGACUUUCCUGGAGAAAAGAUGGAAUAAUGAGCUAGAGUUAGAGGACGCUAUACAUAUUGCACUUUUGACUUUGAAAGAGUCCGUGGAAGGUGAAUUUAAUGGCGACACUAUAGAAAUAGCUGUCAUCGGAGAACCUAACACCGAUCUUCUCGGAUACAAAGGUGUAGAAAAGGAUAAGGGCCCAAGAUUCAGAACAUUGUCCACCCAGGAGAUUAAUGACAGGUUGGAAGCACUUUAA